AUGUCAGGCGCAACGAUGGAAUCGUUAGGCUUGAGGGAGACUCAUCUCAAGUUCCCCACCCAGAACAACCGUGUAAUAAACCAAGACCCCGAUACUGUGCGAGCCAACGCUUUGAGCACGCAAAUUAUUAUGCACUGGCGAUAUCCAGAGCUCGUAAAUGAUUUCCUAGCGCACAAGCGCCAGUAUGGAACAAGUCUCGAGAAGGCCUUAUAUCACAAAGAUUGGACUUGGAACGACCAGGUCAGAAGACUCAUUGAGAAACGGCCUUUAGUGUUUUACACUGAUGAGGACGUUACGAUAAUGCGCGACGGGUCAAGAAGGGACCAUACCUUCUGGGAUAAUAUCGGCCGUGAGGGCCGGGACUUUGAUGUGUUAGAAGAGUCUUUGACUUACGAUGAGAUCAUGCUCGGCAGUCUCUUAGGAGUCAGCGGGCGAAGUGGGUUUAUCAACAGUGGCUCCCGUCGCAAUAGGGCUCAGCUUGGAAAACCAGGGGAGUACGAAACGAAUGGUAUCAUUGUCGGCCUUGUCGGGGCGCGCUUUGAACGUCCCGGACUCAUGGAUUCCAUGUUUAUCGAGGGAAAGGGCGAUCAAAAUCCGGAACGAGUUCAAUUUAGAAAUAUGUUUAUGAAGUUUUUCGACACGGAGAAGACAUCAACUGCCCGUUUUGAUGGUAAAACCUAUGUCGCGCGGAUGCGCAUCACCGCUGAAAUGCUGCUCCUCGAAGCCAAUGAACGAGCUAAACAAGUUGGUAAGAAGGCAUACGUCCACAUUGUCGGGCUUGGCCUUGGCGUCUGGCAGAUAGAUCGUGCCCAAGUUCGCCUUUUCGUGGAGGCCUUUUACUCUGCCAUGUUCUUUUUAAGUGCUAGCUUAAAGAACAUAGGGACGCUUGAUUUCUCGUGGGUUUCUCCUGAUCCGAGAGGCGAUGCGGACUGGCCGUACCGGGAUGUUGACUCCGAUACCCUACCUUCGCUAGAUAUGAAAAUCAAGUUCUCGAAACGUGAUCCGGCUGCUAAAUUAACGGGAGAUGAGGCUGACCAACUUCUUGUUGUAUCUUACGCGUGGGACGGCAAUGCAUUCCCAGGGAACGAAUAUUGGGCGGGGUCUCUGGAUGCCAGCGGUGAUCCAGCUGCGGCGUGCAUGAGCAACAUUGCUGAACUUCACAACCCAUUGAUCAAUCCCGGGUUUCUCGAGAGACAAACCGUACUCACUCCCGAGCAGUCAUCUCUAUGA